AUGGAUGCUUUCUUGACUAGGCUCACCCAGCAGGCGAUGAACUAUGCCAUACGCUCAGGUAUAGCUAUUACAGCCAAUUACGCUUUCCGACAAUCUUCUCGUCUGCUCAAAAAUGUGGAGAAUGCCGAAGAAAGAGAAGAGCUGCUUUCUCUGCAGCAGCGCUUGCAAAGCAAGAUUCGGGUUAUCUCACCAGCCAUUGAUAUGAUUGAGUUGAUUGCUGCACGAGGAAAUACAUCUCUAGAGUCUGCAGUAUCCCUCACGAAAGCCCUCCGAUUGGACAUGCAAGCUCUUGGGCAACGGUUAGCAAACGCCGCUGCUUCCGAAGAGUUGAUACGAAGAGGGGCAAAGUCACCAAGAGAUCGCUCUCGUAAUGACGCGGAAAUCAAGCUCAUAAUUAAAAAUAUUAAAAGACUGCUGGUACGCAUCGAGGAUGCAGUACCGUUGAUGAAUCUAGCCAUCACCACUUCGGGCGCCAGAUUAUCGACCAACCUCCCGUCCACAGUCUCGCCAUCUCGGUUAUUGCAGGCCAGCACAUUUCUCACAGCUGGUGAUACACAGUAUUGGAUGUCUCCUACCAAGGCGAUUCAAAUUGGCCCUACUUUCACGCUCUCGAUAUAUAUGCUCUUUGCGAGCCAUGUUCGGCCUCACGAUGAAGAAGGCAUCCGAGAAACUACGUGGAAAGAGGUCAUGCACAAAGCUCGUGUGAAGCUUCGGCGAGUUCCCAUGGAUAUGACUGCCAAACGAUCAUUAGCUUCACACCAGAGCGCCCAGCUUGCUGCUGAGGCACGAAUGGAUGAAUAUGCAUACCAAAUAUUGGUUGUCGAGGACCUGGAAGAUGGAAGAGUUCAUUCGUAUGACGAUGAUGAGCCACAGCCAGAGCAUUUUGAAGGCGUUCGCUUAGCUGGAAUGCGUGAAAUCAUCCCCAUUCACCAGAUCUCGAAGAUUUUCUACGCGGACACGAGUAAGGUUCUGAAUAUCAAUACAGAAGGCGAAGUCAACAACCCAGUACUUCUUCUGAAGAGAGAUUUAAAUGCCAUCCCUCCGCGCCGCAUGGUCGAGCGUGAUGAAACAGAUUGGGCAUAUGGUCAAGAAGAACAAGAUGAGGAGACUGAUGAAAUACAGGCGCAGCUAGAUGCUCAGUUGAACGGGGCGAAUAACGCUGCUUCGCUCAACCAAAGUUUUAAUGAAGACUCUAUUCCAGAUCACUGGCGUUUGCCCAAAGAUCUCGAUCCUGAAUGGAUAGCAUUUGAGGUCUAUAACGAGGAUGAAUCCUCAGACAGCGAAUCAGAACCAGAUGAAAAGGAAGAGUCGAUUGAUCCGCAAAUGAUGGCCAAACUAUCUCUUAAUUCGACGGAUGAGAAAUCAUCGUCUCCCUUGAAGCAAAAGGCGCCUUCACUUUCCUCGCAGCAUGUCGCCACCACUACUAUCACAAAUCCUCUGUUCAACCACAUCCGAACCUCAUUGUCGCUCCUCGAGACCCUUCUCCGACUGACAUCUCUCCAACAAUUCCAACAACAGUCCCAUCUCUCCAUCAGCGACGAGCUCCUCAACUUCUUUCUGGAGGAAUCUUCCACCACUGGCGCUGGUGGCGACGAGCAGCAUCGCCAGCGUCUCCGCGCAGAUGCCAGACGGAGAGUUGGCUGGGAUCCCUACGACGAAAGCCCCGUCAAGCACCGAGGCGAGGAUUACCAGCACAGCUGGGCUCCUGAGGGAACUCCAUUGAGAUAUUCUCGGGAGGGAAGUGAUUAUCCUUAUACGCCCACUGAGAAGAACCGAGAAUAUCACUUGCGCUCUCGAGAACAUACACCCGAGACACCGUUGCAUUCUCGAGGCUCAGCGUCCAGACAUGCAGAUGUGAGGCGUCAACAUGCGACUCGAGGCGCUUCGGCUCUUGUCGAUGAAGUUUCACAUCGAGGCUCCUCGCUUUCACGACGAUCGACACCAGUGGAAGAUACAGGUUCUGAUGCGUGA